UGUUAUCCUAGUUACCGGCGGUCCACUUAAAGUUCAAUAGUCUCUUGGUCGUCAUGCGUAGGACAGACUCGCCAAUUACUUCAAACGGUUAUAGAAACAGCGUAUCACCCAGGAGUCGUCGAUACAGUCGGUCUCGAUCUCGUUCCAAAUCACACUCGCGUCGCUACAGGAGUCGCAGCGGAAGUCGUGACUUUUAUCGUCGCAGCCCUGGCUACGGAUAUAGAAGUUCCGGCCGAAAGAGGUUUCUUGGGCCGCGAGAAAAUCCUACCCCUUCCAGGUGUCUUGGUGUCUUUGGUUUAUCCCUUCAUACCCAAGAAAGAAACCUUUACGAUAUUUUUUCGCAGUAUGGAAAUAUUGAAGAUGUUCAAUUAGUCUUCGAUAACUACACAGGUUUGUUAGCUCUUCUUUAUGUAAUCUUUAGGUCGCUCUCGUGGAUUUGGUUUUGUAUAUUUCACUCACGUCGCUGACGCAAAAGCUGCAAAAGCCGAUGCGCAUGGAAUGGAAAUUGAUGGACGACCUAUUAGGUGUGAUUUCAGCAUAACCGAACGACCACAUUCGCCUACUCCCGGCAUAUAUAUGGGGCGACCAUCUAGGUAGGUACUCAUCUAGGUUCUAUAAUUUCCGUAUAUUUGUCAUAUAAUUUUGAACAAAAACCGUUUAGAUUUCCAGACUUUCAGUGGUGUUCUAAGAUUCGUCGGUUCAUGAUUUCAUUAAAAUUCAAUUAUUUCCGCAACUCUUAGUUUAUUCCUAUUUUUAUCUUUGCAUCUUCAUUCUCUCUAAGUAUUUUAUUUUAUUAUAUGGUACUUUAAAACGUUUGAGACAGUUUAAGUAGGGUGAUCGCGUUUUGCUACACAUCUUCCAAUUUAAUUCUAAAUACCUUUAUUGUGGGUGCAAAUAAUGCGUAUUUCUAGUGGUUUUCUUUGUACUUUAAAAUAUCCCAAGCUUAGAUAACAUCGUCUUUUGUAAAGCCUAUCUGCAUUUCAGUUCCUCAUUUUCCGAUUCUAUGGAGUAACUCAGGAAAUAAUUUCACUAUUUUAGGUGCUUAACCUUAUCAGAGAUUCCUUUUCGUUUAAUUGAUUUCACAACAAUUUUUCCGUGUUCAUGGCUAUUUUUCUUUAGUGGUUCUCAAAUCAUGCAGUUGUCCGUUUUCGUUAAUUGUUUUUUUCAAUUUAUGUUACCAUGCUAGUGGUUAUUAUCUUUCAGGAAUAAGUUAGCUUUCGAUCCUUUUUUAGACGCCCUAUUCCUCGGAGACGAAGUAUUUCUCCACGUGGACGUUAUUCUCGUUCAAGGUCUCGUUCGCGUAGCUAUGAUCGUAAGUAGCGCUGCAUUUUAACCUGAUGUUUUCCUUCAGGGCGUUACUAAACACUGACAACAUUUGUGUUAAACCCAUUUUUACUGAGAUGCAUUUCUGCUUCAGUGUGCGACUGUUUCAUCACUUGUCUGUAAUACAAUUCCUCCAUCUGUUCACUCACAUAUGAUACAAAAUAAAUAUAUAGUCAAGAAUUAUGAUUCAUUUUGUCUUUCUUUUACAGUUGUAUGAAUGGCAAAUAAGAAAAUAGAAUACUCUAAUGUUAAGAAAUUAUACAGAGGAGUAAUGAAAAUGAAGAAUUGACAUGAAGUAAUUCCGAAAUAAUUUUAUGUGGACAAAGAAAAUAAAUUACGAAGUACUGAGAAUUCGGCAAGACCUGAACGCUGUUACUGAAAUCAGUCAUCUUUUCACCGGAUAUUUAGGUGGUUCGCUCCAACUGAAUAUAUUUAACGAAACUAUACUCAGCUCGACAGCUUCGUUUGUUUUGACGUAAUCGACUCUUACGUAGCGUCAUGGCGCUUUGAAUUUUCGUGAAAACAGGUGUUGUAAGUCAUUGUCGAUCGCAAUGUAUGUGAGCUUUGAAUUUUCUGAAAGAGCUAGUGGGAAUGUCUAGGUGCAUUCUACCUGAAAUCAUUCGCAUCUCAAGAAACCUUGAAUUUGUAGUUUCAGGAUUGCGGCAGCUUGAAUUGAAUAAGAGAAAUAAAAUUACUAUUCGAAAUUUGUACUAAGACAGUAUGCAACUGUAUUGUGAAUUUCAUUCGGAAAUCCGUCCACUAAUAAGAAAAUGUUUGAACAUGAAACGAUUGAUCGUAAGUUUAUCAGUUUGUCUUUUUUAGCUAUUCGAGAUAUGCGUAGUUAAGACAGUUACAACUUUUUGGGUUAUUACUGUAAUGCAUGCAAUCAUCAAAGCAAGGCUUUUAUUACCAUUAAAUGUAAUUUUCCAAACAAAUACGUACAAAGGCGACAAAGUUAGGGAUUGACAAAAGUAACAAAAAUGUAUCGUGUCCCUUCUGUCGUUGCUAGUCCUUCGUGUAGAUGAGUCACUCUUCCUGGACUAACUACUGCCCACCCAACACGUGUAUUGACGAUUGAGCAGUUAUAUCGAUUGUAACGUAUCCCACCUCCCUGUAAAUGAAAGGAAUGAGUUUAAUUCUCUGCUCUAAUAGGCGUUUUACUGCCGUCAAGAAUUACUCACCUUGUAGUCUUUCCCAGGCUGGUUUAGUCCAAUAUUAAUUGUGUAAGAAGAUGCGUCGUGAUGAGGUCUCAAGGAAGGUUGUUCGUCUGGUUUGUAUCUGACGACAAAAUUCAUACGGGCCCAUGGCUACAAUAAUGUACAGACAAAAUCAAUUAUUAUCAGACAUUAGAUGGGUGCAUCAUCUCAUACUGGAGAGUACCUACCUUAUCGUCAUACCCUUGGAAAAGUUUCUUUUGCAUCUUAUGGACGUAUUUUUCUAGAACAUGCAGCCAGUGCUCCUCCCAACCAAUUUGGCGCAUGUGAAUAUCUCUUGUUGGUACAUUUUCGUAUCCUCCUUCCAAUCGUGGGUCAUAGUUGUCGCCUGUAGACCAUUGUCCAUAGUUUUCUACUUCUUCGAUAAGAUGCUUACAGAAAGUUUCUGAUACUAAAGGAAACCAAAAUACGUCUGGGCAUGGCUGAGCAAUAUCUGUCAUUGUCACUUCAGGUUUCGCAAAGUUGAAGUAUUGCGGGUGUAUGUAUUUUUCUUCCCAGUCCUGUUUAAAGUCAAUUUCGUGUUAUUAGGAAAGUGUAGGUACAAUGUUUAUAGUAGUUAUUAAUCACAAUUCCUGACGGUAAUAUAUGCUUACAAAUUGAAACAGUUGUCAUCUUUGUUUAUCUACGCAGUUUAUAACAAUAAUUGUUUGGCUGUUGAUUCUGAUAAUGCGCAGACAGGGCUGCGCUGAUUUCUAUCGGAAUGUUUUUCUUUUGUAGAUCUGUUUUUAGUCCCUUGUUGCUCCUGAAAGUGCUUAUACAUGCAAUCUUAAUUACGAAAAAACUCAUCUACUGAAGCGAAUUCGUGUACUUUAUAUAACUCUAACAUGUUGCUGGUUUUUUUAUGUAAUUAAACGUCGAAAAAUUCAAAUAUAACUUGUACCAAUGA